AUGAUUUUGCUGUGCAUCCUCAUCCUACUGGCCCUGUGUGGGCCUGCACAUGGCAUCUGUGGACAGACCUGUGGGCUCCGGCCCAUGGGUACUUCCAUCAGCUCAACGCGCGUUGUGGGUGGCACAGAUGUCAUGCCAGGAACUGGGGCCUGGGCAGGAAUUGCCAGUCUCAAUUGCUACUGCAGCCCUGAAGCGUGUGUGCAUAUCUGUGGAGGGACCCUCGUCAGCGCACAGUGGGUCCUCACAGCUGCCCACUGCUUUAUCAACGUGACCAGCCCCCUCAGCGACUGGCUCAUUGUGCUUGGGGCCACUUCAUUGAGCCAACAAGGCCCUGAUGUGGAGGUGCGCCGGAUUAAGCGGCUGAUCCUUCACGAAAAAUACUCUCCUAAUAUUGAGCAUCAUGACAUUGCCUUGCUGGAAUUGGAUAAGCCAGUCCGGUGCAGGUCCUCCAUUCAGACGGCCUGCCUGCCUGGUCCUUCGGUGAAAGUGUCAGAGCUGAAAAACUGCUACAUUGCUGGCUGGGGUGACAGAAUUGUAAAAUCAUCAGGUAGAGAUGUCCUGCAGCAGGCCAAGGUCCAAGUUGUUGAUAACCAAAUCUGCAACAGUAGCGAGUGGCUGCAAGGGUACAUCCACGACUUCCAAGUGUGUGCCGGGCAGGGUGGUGUUGGCACCUGCCAGGGUGACAGUGGGGGACCUCUUGUCUGCCAAGACAAGCGUGCUGGCUUCUUCUGGCAAAUUGGUGUGACCAGCUGGGGAAUAGGCUGUGCCAGAGCUAAACGACCUGCAGUCUCCAGCUCCACUCAGUACUACUACAACUGGAUCUGGUCCACGAUGGGAAAGAAGCCAGCACCAGCAGUUACUCCAGCACCAGCACCAACCUACACCGCAGCCCCCCAGCCGACAGUAACUCCAAGACCAACGCAACCCUGUCCAUUUCCACGUGAAAAGCUGCAGCAAUUCUUUGAUCUGCUGAAGGAUAUUUUGCGGUAUCUAAAGGAAAAAUUGUUCUGAGCUGCAGAAUGGACCGCCUGCAGUUCAG